UUGCUGCUUGUCUGCAGAUGGACUACACGGUUGAGCACACGUGGCAGAAAGAGAGUGGACUGAGUAGGUUUUUCACGAAGUCUGACGGUCCAUGUGUGUGACACUGGAGUGGCAGCCAUCACUAACAAGCUGCUCAUGUCAUCUGAGUCCCGGGUGGAGUCGUGCACUGAGGGCCAGGGAGAGGACACAGGGCUGGAGAAGAAACAAAAUGGAGUGGAGACAGGGGAGGUGGAGGUUCCCUGCCAGGACCACCAGCCUGCAGAGCCUGCAAGCCUGAGGAAAGGGGUGUAUUCAUCACUUGACCACAGAGGAACGCAGGAAGUGACAUCAGAGGGUGGACUGGAGCAGGUUCAAAGGGAGGAGAUGCAGAGAAAGAAGUUUUCCCACAUGAGGGUCAACCAGGGCCGAGCUCGAGGGUCAGGUGCUUGCUCAGUGCAGCGAUGUCUCCGUAGGUGCUGUCCCAGGGGCUUGUCAAUUUGCUCCUACCCAGACAAGGACAGAGAAGGACAUCGAGAUGAACCCCGGGGGCCUGGUCCUUUCUAUUUCUUAGGUGGAACCAAUGGGGCUGAAAUCGUGAGCAGUUACUUUGAGAGCAGAGGGUGGAAGAGGAUUUACAACAAGCACAGGGAGGAUUUCAAACUCAAGUGGUGUGAAACCAAAUCACCAGCCAACUACUGCAACUUUAGAGAAGGUAAACAGUUGCUAUACCAGAUUCCCAACAACAAGGUGCUCACCACUAAGAUCGGCCUCCUCAGCAGUCUGCGGGAAUAUGAACGAGUCAGCAGCAAAGUCACCCACGGUCAAGGACUGAGGAGGCUGAAGAUGGAGGAGUUCAUUCCCACCACCUUCCGCAUGGAUGUGAGGGAGGAGAGGGAAGCUUUCUUUGCCAAGCAGGAGGGUGACAAGAGAAACGAGAGUCUUAUGUGGAUCUGUAAACCGACGGGUCUGAACCAGGGCAGAGGGAUCUUUCUGCUGAAGAACCAGGAGGACUUAACCGCUCUCAGACUGAAGCUGCAGCACAUGGACGACAGCCAGGCCAACAAGAAGCUGCAUCACUGCCAGAGUCAGGCUCGCAUUGUCCAACAUUAUAUCAAGAGUCCUCUGCUCCUGAAGGGAAAGAAGUUUGACGUUCGCUCUUACCUCCUGAUCGCCUGCACUGCACCUUACAUGGUCUUCUUCCGCCAUGGUUAUGUGCGACUGACCUGCGACCUCUACGACCCCAGCUCCAACAACCUGUCUGCCCACCUGACCAACCAGUACAUGCAGAAGAAGAACCCCCUGUACAGCCAGCUGAAGGAGGACACCGUGUGGUCCAUGGAGAGCUUCAACGCCUACAUCAACGACUGCUUUGGGGUUGCCAAGGGUCUGCCCAGGGACUGGGUGCUGGGCGCUUUCACAAAGCACAUGCAGCGGAUCAUGACUCAGUGUUUCUUUGCAGUCAAAUCCAAGUUAGAGUGCCGACUGGGCUUCUUUGAUUUGAUUGGCUGCGACUUCAUGGUCGAUGAGGACUUCAAGGUGUGGCUAUUGGAAAUGAAUUGUAAUCCAGCUCUGCACACUAACUGUGAAGUUCUGAGGGAGGUGAUACCCAGUACUGUCGUGGAGAUGCUGGAUUUAACUCUGGAGAUCUUCAACAAGUGUCGUCUCAGGCAGAGAAUCCUUCCUUUGGCCAGUCAGAGAGAGUUUGUGCUUCUCUACAGCGGAGUUUUUCCUGCUGAUUCAGCACUGGCCUGCAACAAGAACGACACAAACAGUGAAUCCCUUCAGAAAACCACCGACAAGACACAAAAGGCUGAACCCAGAGGGUGCAAGUCAGGAAUGGAGGGUAAAAAUGGGUCCGCAGCGUCCACUGAUGAUUGUAUGAAUGUGUCGGAGAGCGGUGCAGGACGGGGCAGAUCAAAGUUCUGUCAUCAUCUUGCCUCCUCCUCAUCAUCAGUGCAGAGAGCUUCAAAUCUACACAGCAGCAACGACAGCAUACAGAGCGUCAGGAGUAAAGACCUGAGGCCUCGGCUCCAGCUCAAGCUGAGCAAAUGUACUCUGCAUCACCACUUGAAAGCCACAGGUGAAGAGAAGACUCAGCAGAAGACGAGGGUCAUCAUGCCACUGUCAUCAUCAGAGCUGAAUGAAGGGGCCUCCGUCUGUGGCUCUCAGAAAACGACACCGUGUGUUCCUCUUACUGGACUUCCUGAGUGUGCAGACGAAUGUGAAAGAGGAGAGGAACCUGGUGAAGAGGAGCUCGGAGAGGAUACAAAGAGUUUAGUGUUUGACUGAAAACAGGAAGUGUGAAACAUAUAUGCAAACAGCAGUGAUCCAAACAGCUCUGUCUAAAAACAAUCUACACCUUGUACACCUGGCGCUUUUAUUUUCAGAGAAAUGCUAA